CGCGUGCGCCUAGGGUCCACGCCCCGCCGUUCCCCGCCUUGGGCCGUGACGCACAUGCGGCCGCCAAGAUGGCGGUGGGCGCGUUCCCCAUUGCGAAGCUGCUGUAUCUGGGCGUGCGGCAAAUCAGCAAGCCGCUGGCCCAAAGGAUUAAGGAGGGGGCGCGCCGGAGCCAGUUCUUCCGGACCUACAUCUGCCUACCGCCCGCUCAACUGUACCACUGGGUGGAAAUGCGAACAAAGAUGAGGAUCCUGGGCUUCCGAGGAGCCACAAUUAAGCCCCUAAACGAGGAGGCCGCUGCGGACCUCGGGGCCGAGCUGCUGGGGGAGGCCACCAUCUUCCUGGUGGGCGGCUGCUGCCUGAUCCUGGAGUACAUGCGCCAGUCGGCCCAGACCCGGAAAAAGGAGGGGGAACAGCGUCAGGUCAUGGAGACCCUGCAGCAGGAGCUGGGGUUACUCAUCUUGACUGUGGAGACACUGGAAACUCAGAAUAAAGAGCUCUUCAGGCGCCUGGGUGCCAUGGACGAGCUGCACACCCAGGUCCACGAGCUCAAGGAACUACUGAACAAAAAAAAGAAAUAAGGGUUUCCCCACUGCCCAGUCCAAAGCCUGGCCCCUUGGGAGCCUGGGGACCACGGCCCAGGGUGCUGCCGCCAUCUCCCCCUGCGCACGGCCCCCUUCUGGUGGUGCCGUUGGAGCCCAAGAGAGGCUUGUCCCUUGGACGGGAUGGUCGCCAUGCCGGCUUCUCCCACACCCGCGGCACCCCCCUUGGGACACCCCCUGUCUGGGGGCCCCUGAAGGUCCUGUGACAUUUCUCAUUUCCUCCCUUCGCCCCCUUCUCUCCUCCAGUUGUAUCUUCUUGUGGGGUUGGCCAUACUUUCACUUGGUGUUUCAUUGCCCUCCUCUGGGGAGUAAAGAAUUGGCCAGAA